AUGAACCCGUCCGAAUUCCACGGUGGAACCGAUCCCGCCAUAGCCGAAGAGUGGAUCCAAUCUCUCGAAGUCAUCUACGACUACAUGAAAAUGACCGACCGUGACCGCGUACACUGUGCCAUAGCUCGUCACUGGUGGGAAGGAAUCAAGGAAGGAACGAACCUCGAAACUUUGCCAUGGACCGAUUUCAAAAUCCAAUUUUUUGAGAAAUAUUUCUCAAAAGACGUGCGAGCUCACAAACUCGAAGAAUUCCUCGAACUCCGUCAAGGUGACUUACCAAUGAUUGAAUACAUUCGUCGUUUCGAACGUGGCUGCCUCUACGCUUCAUUCAUCGCUCGAGACGCCGAGGAGAAGAAAAACCAUUUCAUUCGUGGCCUCCAACCCGAAAUCCGCCGAGAUAUUCGUAUGUCCGACGCCUCGACUUUCCGACAAAUAGUAGACAAAGCCCUCAUGGCUGCCUAG